UCUCACUCUUACCAGAUACCCGAUCCAACUUCACCUUCAGAUUCAGACUCUAAAAUUUCUUCGCUCUUUCACCGUCGUUUCGCUCGCUUUCUUCUCCCCAAGCGACGCUUUCGCCGGAACCUUUCCGACUCCUUCCUCGGUCUCCACAGCGAAGCCCUCGCCGCCCUGUCUCACACCUUCCUUUGUUGCAUUUUCACCCAGUAGAUCUUCCGAAAUGUAUAAUAAUGUGGAAGCCCAAUCUGUAGCUCCAAAACCUCCAUCAAGCUCUCAGCCAAAUCCAUUCGGAAAUGCAUUUUAUGGUGCCGGAUCUGGACUAAUCCGAGGUGGAUUGGGUGCAUAUGGAGAGAAAAUAUUUGGGUCAAGCUCAGAGUAUGUUCAAAGCAAUAUAAGUAGGUACUUUUCUGAUCCCCAAUACUACUUCCAAGUGAACGACCAGUAUGUUAGGAAUAAAUUGAAGGUUGUCCUAUUUCCAUUUCUACACAGGGGCCAUUGGACAAGAAUAACUGAUCCAAUUGGAGGCAGACUAUCGUAUAAGCCACCAAUUUAUGAUAUCAAUGCACCAGACUUGUACAUUCCACUCAUGGCUUUCGGAACUUAUGUUGUUCUUGCAGGCUUCUCACUUGGUCUUCAAGGAAAGUUUACUCCAGAAGCUUUGAGUUGGUUGUUCAUCAAAGGAUUGCUCGGUUGGUUUAUGCAAGUCAUGCUGCUUAAAGUAACACUCUUGUCACUGGGAAGUGGGGAGGCACCAUUACUCGAUAUUGUCGCAUAUGCUGGAUAUGCGUUUACCGGAUUGUGUCUGGCUGCCAUCGGAAGAAUAUCGUUGAAAUACUCUUACUAUUUUCUGAUGCCAUGGACGGCCUUAUGCAUGGGAAUAUUCUUGGUGAAAACUAUGAAGAGAGUGCUAUUUGCAGAGGUAAGGAGCUAUGAUUCAAGCAGGCAUCACUAUCUCUUGCUCUUCAUUGCUUUGGCUCAGUUCCCACUCUUCACUUGGCUUGGCAAUGUUAGUGUCAAUUGGCUUAUAUAAGUGCAGUGUUUCUGUAUUGUCUUUUUUUUUUUUUUUU